AUGUCAGAAUUGGACCCCCUCGACCUCCUCAUCUGCUCCACUUGCGGCACUCAAUAUCCUACAGCGUCAGCUCUUCCCUCAUGCAAGAUCUGCGACGACCCGCGCCAAUAUGUUCCCCCAACAGGUCAAUCCUGGACAACACUCCGCAAACUCCAGACCUCAACAGACCCGAGUUACAAAAACAUCUUCACGCCUGAUCCUCUCCACGGCGAGAGCCUGAUAUCCAUUCACACUGAGCCGAAGCAGGCAAUCGGGCAGCGUGCAUACCUGUGUCGGACGAAUACAGGAUCUGACAAGCCCUUCAACGUCCUCUGGGACUGCAUAGCAUACAUCGAUGAAGAAACCAUAAAACGAAUUAACGGACUCGGCGGCAUCGACGCAAUAGUCAUCUCCCAUCCGCACUACUACACAACGCACCUUCUCUGGGCUAAGGUCUUCAAAUGUCCCGUUUACCUGUCGGCUGAGGAUGAGGAGUGGGCUGUUAUGAAGGGCGAGGGGCAGGUCUUUUUCCUUGGGAGCGCCCUGUCUCUUGCAGCACCGGGAAUCAAUGAGGGCGAUGAUGGAAAGGCGGAUAUUGUUGUUAUUAAGACGGGAGGACACUUUCCGGGGAGUACAGUGCUUUGGUGGAGAUCGUUGAAGACAUUGUUGAUUGCGGAUACGAUUGCGGUUGUGCCAAGUGGGAGGUAUUGGGUCGAUCGGCCGGCUGGAACGGCGUCCUUUACGUUUAUGUGGUCUUACCCAAAUAUGAUUCCGCUCUCUGCGAAUGAUGUGCAUGGUAUUUGGAAGGCUAUCAAGCAUACGGAUUUUGAAAUAGCCCGCGGCGCGUUUAUUGGAAUGGAGACGGACACAGACAGCAAGAAGCGCCUAUUGGACAGUGCUCAGAUCUUUGUCAAGGCAAUGGGCUACCCUGACCAUGCUAUUCAUCAGGAAGAAUGUCAUUGA